CCUUGUAAAUCUCAAAGUGGGUGCCAAGUGUGAAGUGAAAGAGGGUUAGUGUCUGAAAGUUACUGUGUGUGAAUGUGUGUUUUUUAUUACUGUCAGUUUAAUCAAAGAAACUGUUGGUACCUCAAGGAAGCAGGAGUUUCAAGUAACGUUGGGUAUUCUUUUGAUUUUGUUUUCUUGCAAAAAGGCAUCAUUUUUAUUGUGUUUUAUCUCUGCAUUUGUAUGUAUAUCUGUGUGUAUCUAUGGGAAACCCGCCUCGAAUUUCUGAAUCUUGGCCUUUGAGUUCUUGAUUUCAUCUGGGGUUUUGCUUUUCAUCAUUUCUGUGUGAUAAAGUUUAGGGCAUUCUUGUACAACACAGCUGAAAUUUGGGAAAGGACAACUUUUGCUGGAUAAGUGGCUUUGAUAUAGUUAUUUCGAUUUGUAAGGAGGUUAGGUUGGGAAAGUGAUUCAGAGUGGAAUUUUGGACAUGAGUAUGCUGGUGAGGACAUGCUUAAGCCAAGAGAAACUGAUAUACCUGCCCUCUUUCUGUUCUUCGUUGUGUUCCCUCUGGUUGCUUACUACUUACUAGGACGAUGGAGUGAGUUAUCAAAAAAGAAGGAAACGUCAAGCUUACUUGCUAAUUGCGAUGCUGAAGAAUCUUUUAGGGCAGAAUCAAUGACAGCGGCAACUCUCAUCCCUCUUGUUCCUUUGACAAAAGUUGGAAUUCAUGAAUGUGCUAGAUGCUAUGCUCCAUCUACAACCCGUUGCUCUCGGUGCAAGUCUGUUCGCUACUGUUCUGGGAGGUGUCAGAUAAUGCAUUGGAGGCAAGUUCACAAGCAUGAGUGUCAGCAACUAGAAUACAGCAGCAGCAGCUCGUCUCCGAAGGAUCUCUCAGAUGAUAAACCUGUGCGUGAAAGGGUCUUAUUUGAUGACAAUUUAGCAUCUGGCAAUAUGCAGGGUAGACAUGAGAAUGCUACCACUGAAUAUAUGAGUCAUCAACAUGUCAGCGCAGCUUCAUUAGGGACUGCUGCUUGCAUUACUCCAGAUGCAUCUGACCCUUACCUGAUGGAGCGAUCUGUUGGCAAGCAGGUGUACCUGAAUUCGAAGAAGGAAAAGCUAAGAAAAGAGGAUGAGACGAUAUUAGAGUCUUCCGAAGAUGCUUGCAGGCAUAGCGGUACAGUUUCCAAGGAAGCUGGAAAUCAGUUGGGAGAAAAUGAAAGUAACGAGAAGAUGAAAGCAAAUACAAGUAGUAGACGCAGUACUUCAAGAAGUAAAAUGAAUGAUACUUUGAUUAAUGGAGGGCGCCUAGUUAGGGAGGGAACUACUUGCAAUGAUGAAGUCUUGUAUAACUGUUCAUCUGAAGGAAUUCCAACAAAUAGAAGCACUAGAGCUAAAAGUGGUUCACAUGUACCUGGAACCAAAAUGAAUAGAUUAACCAGAUCAAAGUCGAGAGCAUCAAUUGAGCUAUCAUCUCCAGAUAUGGAAAGAAAGGAUCAACGUUUGGACAUGUCAGAGGUUGGUAGACCGAGGGGUACUGCUCCCCAGGAAGGCAGCGAAGUUCCAAAUACAGGAUUUUCAAAGACGAGUGGGUUAAUGAGGUCAACAAAACAUGAAAGACUGGAAUCCACUGAAGUUAAGGGCGAUACUCAUAAGAAAACCAAGAUGCUAUUUCCAUAUGAAGAUUUUGUGAAGUUCUUCCAGUGUAGAACAUUCAAUUUAUCGCCUAGAGGUCUUGUAAAUUGUGGAAACAGCUGUUAUGCUAAUGCGGUGUUGCAAUGUUUAACCUAUACAAAGCCUCUGACCAUCUUUUUUCUCCGUCGAACACAUUCAAGAACUUGUUGCAGUAAAGAUUGGUGCCUCAUGUGUGAACUUGAGCAACAUGUUGCAAUGCUAACAGAAAGUGGAGGCCCGCUGUCUCCCAGCAGACUUUUAUCGCAUAUGGGUAGUAUAAAUCGCCACAUUAGUUAUGGAAGUCAGGAAGAUGCACAUGAAUUUUUAAGGUAUGUCGUUACUUCAAUGCAAUCUAUAUGCCUGGAGAAAUUGGGUGGAGAAAACAAGUUAGAUACCAAAUUGCAGGAAACAACCUUUAUACACCAUACUUUUGGAGGACGUCUUAUAUCCAAGGUCAAAUGUUUAAGAUGUUAUCACGAGUCAGAACGAUCUGAAAUCUUUAUGGAUUUGACAUUGGAAAUUUUUGGUUGGGUCGAGUCGUUGCAAGAUGCAUUAACCCAGUUUACCAGUGCAGAAGCUUUGGAUGGAGAUAACAUGUACAAAUGCGGAAGGUGUGCUGAAUAUGUCCGAGCCGAGAAGAAGUUGUGCAUACAGGAAGCUCCUAAUAUCUUGACGAUAGUCUUAAAAAGAUUUCAGGAAGGAAACUAUGGAAAGAUAAACAAGUGUAUUACUUUCCCAGAGAUGCUGGAUAUGAUACCUUUCAUGACCGGGGCAGAUGAUAUUCCUCCACUUUACAUUCUUUAUGCUGUUGUUGUGCAUAUAGAUAUGCUUAAUGCAGCUUUCUCCGGGCACUACAUUACCUACUUGAAAGAUAUGCAAGGCAGUUGGUUCAGGAUAGAUGACACUGAGGUCCAGCCGGUGGAGAUGAGCCAGGUCAUGUCUGAAGGAGCAUAUAUAUUAUUCUAUAUGAGGUCCUCUCCUCGCCCUGGAAGUGGUCAAACUGGUAGCCUUGUUCAGCACCAAUCCUCUGGUCUUCCAAAGCAACGAUCAUCUAAAACACAGAAGUUGGCGAGACUAGGACAUAGUAGAUCUGGUAGCCACUUUGUCAGCUCUGAGCCAUCUGCCGGUCAUAGGCCCGAAAUGCCUAACCAUCCCUAUAAAUGGAUACAUAGUAGUUCAAACAGCGACAUUAGAGCACCUUAUAUGGAUAAUUACCCAAGAUCAAGAACCAUGGAUUUUUCAGAUGCUACAUCAAGUGAUUGGUCCAUUUUCACCAGUUCAGAUGAUGCAUCCUUUACUACUGACAGUACCAGAGACUCCUUUAGCACAGUGGAUCAUGCCGAUGCAGGCAACAUGGAUCUCAGUGCGUCUUUAUUCAACAGCUUUUGUGCCCCAGAGUACCCCUCCCAUAAAACUGUGUCGUGCAGUAGGUUCAGUGGCAGUAAGUUCCGGGAAAGAUUUGUUCAUGAAGAGAAUGGUAACGUUUAUGAUUCUGGCAAUGAUGACAAAUGGAAUCAGGUCAGUUUUCCUUCAUCGUAGUAUGUACAUGUAGAAGGAGAGGAUAACCCAUAGGCCCUCGUCCGAUAUAUAAUAGCUGUAAUUAAUUCUAACUUGUAGCAUAAUUAGCCAAAGUGGAACAAAGUGUCUUUGGAAGUUUUUUUUUAGAUAUUUCUGUUGAAUUAGACACACAACUUGGGCAUGCCUGCUCGAGUUUUUUGUACUACCUGGAGAAAUAGGUUUCUAAACGGGGCUUUUUUCUCAA